AUGGAACGCGAACAACAACUUCAAUAUUAUAUUAGCGAGAGUGUCAAGCAAACACAAAUUUCGGUUAAAGAGGCUGAAGAUACAAUUCUCAGUAUGGAGCAGCAACCAGAUAUUGCAGCAGUCUAUUGCAACAUCCUAAAUUCGAUUCAAGAUGAUGCUCAAAACGAAAUUGCUGUCAAUUUCAACAGAUAUAUUCGCAACAAUUGGCUAACUAUGCCAGAAGAAGUACAAGAAAUCGUUAAACAAGCAUUAAUUGAAAUUGUCCAAAAAUGUGAUUCAUAUAAAACUCUUACAAAUCUCGCAGAAGCAGUCGCAACUAUAUUUAAAGCAAGUAUAUUAUGGACUCCUGCCAUUCACAUGGUAGUUUACUUCCAUCAAAAAAAGAAUCCAGAAUGCGCUUUACUUUUCUUAAGCAAAAUCAUACCACUCGUCGAAGGUGGCACCGUUCAUGAACUGUGGACUGGAUUUCGUGCCAUUGCCAUGACAAGUCUUGCUUCAGAGAAAAAUAGUGUUAAAUUUAUGGCUUUUGAAGUAUUUUUCGUUAUUUACAGUAUUGAAGAAUCAUUCGACAUACUUAUACCAGUAAUUGAAACAGUUACAGGCAUGCUCGAACAGUACAAAUCCCUUUCAGAACAAGAUUUCGACAAAUUAUGGUCAUAUAUCCGUAAAAUCCUCAAAAUAAAGCAACUUAAUGAAGAUAUAAUAUUACACUUCCUACAGGCAGCAGCUACACAAGUCGAAGACUCUUCAAUUAAGUCAAUCCACAGAUCCAAUAUUAUAUCAUCAAUUAUUCCUGUAAUUCCUCAACUUGACGAGAAUAUUAUGUCACAGUUCAUCAAUGCAAGUGUUCUUCUCGCAGUCACAUACAUCCAAGAGGUCGGAGAACAGCCAAAAGAGAUGAUGAUUUUCAUCGACCAAACUUUACAAAUUCGUGUUGAAAUUUCUGCUCCUAUUGUUUACCAAAACUUCCAGGAGAUGUUCGGAAGUGAAGAUCUUGAACAGACAAUUGUUGCCGUCAACAUUUUGUCGUCUUUAAUUGAAUACGCUGGCUCAACUCUUGAAGAUGAUUUAGAAACCGUCAAAACCGCCAUUUUACAAGCAUUGAAUUCCGAAGAUUUGAUGUUAAUUGAAGCCUCAUUAAGAUGUCUUGAAGUCUUCAACGAAUCCACGGCAAAUGUUGCUUCUUUGGCUAGAGAAUUCAUUCCUAUUGUUGUAAAUUAUUUAGUAUCAGAAGACAGCGACAUCAGAGUCAUUGCAUACAACAGCAUGAUGUCUUUGUGUCCUCUCUGUGAAUCUAGUAUUCCUGACUUACUAAAUACACUCUGGAAGAUGCAGGAAGAAGGAACAGUUCACGAAGAAGAUAUAGAAAAUUAUAUUUUAUUGUUAGCUUUGGUUAUCGAAAUGGAAGACUUAAAUGAUCAAAUGGUUGAUACAAUUUUGCAAUUCGCUAUUCAGAAUCUCGCAGAUGAUAAAGAACCAACAUUAAAAGCUGUAACUUUAACAAUAAUUGGUACUUUAAUUGAAUACGACGAUCAAAUUCCUCAGAAAAUUUCAAAUUUGGCAGAAAUUAUUAAUGAAUUAUUCCAUUACGAUAACCAAGAUGUUGUUACGCAUGUACUUGCAUUUUUGAGGAAUAUAUCUGUUGCUCUUCGUGGAGAAUCAUUAGUUUACGUUCAACCAUUCAUUGAAGAAAUUUCUAAAUUAAUUUCUUCGCCUGGAGAUCCAAGAGUUUUCUCUUCCGCUUUGGAGACGGCGUCUGCAAUUAUAAGAAGAACGAAAGACAUGACACUUCUUGAUGCAGUUUGCAGUGCUUUGAACAUGUUGUUUAGAUCAGAUGAAGUGGAAUUAAUGAAAGACGCUUGUACACAAAUUCCACAGAUUUCUUUUGCAAUUUCUGAGCCAAAUGAAACGAACAAACAAAGAUCUGAGUUCUUCUUAGUACAAUUAAUAAGAAUUGUCAAUGAAGAAAUAGAUGUUGACUUAUUAGAAGUUGCCGUUGAAGCAUUGACUUAUUUGUUGAAGUUCUGCACAAAUCAUGACCCAGAAAACUUCAUCAAUAGUUCUGUCAGUUUGUUGCAAUCAAUAAUUGAUGGAGACACAGCUUUCGGAGCUGGAGAAUCUCCAAUAGAAACAGUUGUUCAACCUGAACUCGCUCAAUAUUUCAUUGAAUUCUUUUUCGCUGUUCUUCAACUGCAAGAACAAGUUAACCUUGAUAUUUUACAGUUCUGUUUGACAUGGAUGCAACAAAAUACAGUUGCAAUUGAUCCUGUUAUUGGUGAAUUAUCGGAAUUGAUUGUAAAAAGAGAAAUUGAUGAAAAAUUUGUGUCAGAAAUUUUGGAAUUUUGCAAAUCAUUGAGUGAUACAACGAAUGCAAGAAUCCAACAGCAUGUAAUUACAUUGUUAUCAAGAGUUACACGUGUUUAUCCUAACUCUUUGGCUUUGUGCAUGGAAUUUGUUCCGAUUGCAGAUAAAUGGUAUAAAAACGAGAAAGGAAAAGAUGGUUUUGGUGAUGUUAUUUCGAAUAUUGCAAGUUUCUAUUUGUGUUUGGAUGUUAAUGAUGAAUAUUUGAUUGAAAGUUUGUCUUUAUUCCCUCCUUCUGAUAUAAAGGAAUCUAAGUUUAUGUCGGAGUCAUUAUUAAACAGAUUAAAUCAGAAUCAGAACCAAGAAGUUGCAACACAAAUGGCUUUGGCUAUUGCAAGAUUGAUUACAGAACCAUUGGCUAUAUCUGCAAAAAGAAAAGUAUCUGGAGAUGUUCUCAAUGGACUUCAGCAGUUCCUCGCUUCUUUCAUGAGAUCUUCUCAGGAAUCUGCGCAAUUCAUUCUUCAGCACUUUGAAGAUUCACAGAAGAAAUUAGAAAUUCUUCACAACUUAAUAGAGUAA